GCUACACCACACGUCACAGGUGCCACCUACCUGAGCCUGAGAUAAAGGGCGCACCUGAGCUGCCUGGAGGAGAAGAGAGGGCCGCUCCGAGCAUCCUCCAGACUGGCACUGCGCUGGCACAUACACUCAGUAUUGGAAGCUGAUUCUAGAGGUGGAAGAUGUCUGAGUUUUGGCUGAUCUCCGUCCCUGGAGAUAAGACCAAUUUGGCAGCUCUGGAGAGGAUGAACACAGUCACCUCUAAAGCCAACCUGUCCAGCAAUGCCAAGUUCGUCAUACCUGACCUGAAGGUGGGCACUCUAGACUCACUGGUUGGACUGUCUGAUGACCUGGGGAAGGUGGAUCUCUUUGGUGAAAGUCUAAUUAAGAAGAUUGCUCAGUAUAUUGGGGAAGUUAUGAAUGAUUCUGCUGAGAAAGCCCAGGAGAACUUACUGGCCAAUGGAGUUGAUCUUAUCAGUUAUUUAUCCCGUUUUGAGUGGGACAUGGCUAAAUACCCCGUGAAGCAAUCACUGAUCAACAUAACAGAUUCUCUGACCAAGCAAAUGACACAAAUAGAGACCGACCUAAAGUCAAGAGCUCAGACAUACAACAACAUCAAAAGCAAUCUUCAUAGCUUGGAGAGGAAAACGGCGGGCAACCUCCUCACCAGGACCUUGGCUGACAUUGUUAAUAAAGAAGACUUUGUUUUGAACUCAGAAUAUCUCAUUACACUUUUAGUGGUUGUUCCAAAGACAAGCUAUGCUGCAUGGCAAAAAACCUACGAAUCACUGUCUGAUAUGGUGGUACCUCGCUCAACCAAGUUGGUGGCAGAGGACACAGAAGGAGGUUUGUUUACAGUCACCAUCUUCCGAAAAGUGAUUGAUGAAUUUAAAGCGAAGGCUCGAGAAAACAAGUUCAUUGUACGGGAGUUUUUGUAUAAUGAGAAAGAGCUUCAGUCGGAGAAGGAUGAGCUCAUUAAGCUGGAGGCGGAUAAGAAGCAGCAGUAUGGGCCUCUCCUGCGCUGGCUGAAGGUAAACUUCAGUGAAGCGUUCAUUGCUUGGAUCCACAUAAAAGCUUUGCGUGUAUUUGUGGAGUCUGUUCUCAGGUAUGGAUUGCCAGUGAACUUCCACGCAGUGAUUUUACAGCCCAACAAGAAAUCUAUGAAACGAUUACGAGACGUGUUAAAUGCCAUUUUCAGACACCUGGAUGAGGCAGCAGCUGCAAACAUGAAAGAUGUUGGUAUGGAUAUUCCCGGCUUACAGCUGAACACCCAAGAAUACUACCCCUACGUCUGCUUCAAGAUUGACCUGACUAGUUUAGAUUUCGAGCCUUAGGGCUAGAUCCUGUAAAUGUAUAUUCCAAUAAACUGCAAAAGACGUAACAUAGAAUAGUGCAUUCUAUAGGGACCAUCUGUCCUUUUGCAUGGUUCAGAUGUUAACGCCUAGAGACAAUGGAUGUUGUGACACCCGGACUGGUAAUCAAUAUCUAUGUAAAGCAAAACUGCAAGCAGCAAGCCAGCUGUUUAGUUUGUGCUAAAACUAGAGCCGCUGUUUAGUUUGUAUAAAGAGAAGAUAUCACUGAGCUGUAUUUAUUAUUUGUAAAUUAUAUCAUGGGAACAUUUCCUUAUGCCUGAUGUACAA